AAAUAACAAUUACUUUGUCAACAGUCCUUCGCUCUUAUAACUGCAUGCGUAGUGCUACCUUUCUAUCGAAAUGCGCAGUGGUCUUUUAUAAAACAUGAAGAGAAGACAGCUCUUGGCUGUAUUUCUGGCUGUCGUGGGUCUGUGUGGAACUAUUCUGGUCUGUGCUCUGCCUAUGUGGAAAGUGACUGCGUUCGUGGGAGCCAAUAUUGUGACGGCACAGGUUUACUGGCAGGGUUUGUGGAUGAACUGUGUUCUGCAGAGCACCGGUCACAUGCAAUGCAAAGCAUUUGACUCCAUCCUGGCUCUGACUCAAGAUCUCCAAGCAGCUCGAGCACUAAUCUGUGCUUCUAUCGGUGUAAGCGUGGUUGCCAUUGGAUUGACAGUUGUUGGGGCUGAGUGCACUAAUUUCUACAGAGACAGGCGGUUAACCAAAGACAAAAUUGGAAUAACAGCUGGGGUGGUAUUUAUUAUCGCAGGUGUGUUGUGUCUCAUUGCUGUGAGCUGGUCGGCAUAUGUCAUCAUUGUGGAGUUUUAUAAUCCUCUGGCAACGGAUAGAAGAGGAGAACUGGGAGCCUCGAUCUAUGUAGGAUGGGUGGCCGGUGUUCUCCCAAUCGUAGGUGGUGGAUUGCUCAUCAGCACAUACUCCAACCGAUGCUGAAAACAUCUGUGAGAAAAACCUCAAGUGACUCCGAAAGAUACUUCAGAUUACUGUGACGUGGGAUGGUCUCGUGUCUUUUCUCAGUGGACUUAUUCCAUAUUCAUGAUGCACCAAAUCUAAAGACUGCUUCAUGCUUAUACAAAUAUGCCAAAUUGAUUCUGUGUUAUAGAUUGAUUUUUUUUAGCACUCACUCAUGUGUAAUCCAAUGAAUCAUUUCAAUAUAUAUAUAAAGAAUGUUUCCUUGCUAUUGUUCUAAAAAAUUGCACUUAAUAUGUCCUUUUUUAUUGUAGUAACUAGAAGUGCAUUGCUACUAUUCUACAUGUAAAAUACAAGAUUAUAAUUUGUGUUAUGUAUCAGAGCUGAAUAAUAGAGACUGCUUUAAAUGCUCCUUUAAAUGUUUACAUUUAAAAUAAAUGAAUUGUUUCACAAUA